CACACACAUGCACACACACACACACAGACAUAGACACACACACACGCACAGCCAGUUUAGAAUGUGGAGUAAGGAACACCAGACAAAGAGGGCAAUAUAAGAAAGAGAAGACAUUGAAAACAUUGGGAAGGGGCAGUAACAGAGUGCCAGAGAACAUAAGGCAGCUAGGAGGGGGAAAGACUAAGUGAGGUGGAUAAACCAAAAGCAUCCUUCUGGGUUAAAGCAGACUAAAAGCUUAGCAAUUGUUUAAUAUCAUCAUCCUAUCCUAUAGAUGUGGGAAUAAAGACUAAGGAAGGUGAAAUGAAAAUGCAAAAUCAUACGGGGGCUUUUCCAAGGAGGAAUGAAGGAAGCUGAGGACAGGGAGAGCAGCUGGAAGUCAGGGGGUAAGAGUCUAAAAGUCAGGGCUUGAGGGAAAUAAAAGGUGAGGUAAGAGGCUCAGGGCUGUGGGAGGCACAUUUUUCUCUGAAAAGCAAUUUGGAUGAGGAAGAGAUUUGUCAGUUGGAAAAGAGAAGAAGUCACUGCAGGGUACUGAGGAAAAGGUUUGCUGAAAUUGGAGAUCAAAUACCAGCUCUGCCAGUAAGAAGUUGCAUCUCCCGGUGAAAUGCUGCUGCUGCCAUUUCAACUGUUAGCUGUUCUCUUUCCCGGUGGUGACAGUGAACAAGCCUUCCAGGGGCCGACCUCCUUUCAUGUCAUCCAGACCUCGUUCUUUACCAACAGUACCUGGGCACAAACUCAAGGCUCAGGCUGGUUGGAUGAUUUGCAGAUUCACGGCUGGGAUAGUGACUCAGGCACUGCCAUACUCCUGAAGCCUUGGUCUAAAGGUAACUUUAGUGAUAAGGAGUUUGCUGAGUUAGAGGAGAUAUUCCGAGUCUACAUCUUUGGAUUCGCUCAAGAAGUACAAGACUUUGCCGGUGAUUUCCAGAUGAAAUACCCCUUUGAGAUCCAGGGCAUAGCAGGCUGUGAGCUACAUUCUGGAGGUGCCAUAGUAAGCUUCCUGAGGGGAGCUCUAGGAGGACUGGAUUUCCUGAGUGUCAAGAAUGCUUCAUGUGUGCCUUCCCCAGAAGGUGGCAGCAGGGCACAGAAGGUCUGUGCACUAAUCAUGCAAUAUCAAGGUAUCAUGGAAACUGUGAGAAUUCUCCUCUAUGAAACCUGCCCCCGAUAUCUCUUGGGCGUCCUCAAUGCAGGAAAAGCAGAUCUGCAAAGACAAGUGAAGCCUGAGGCCUGGCUGUCCAGUGGUCCCAGUCCUGGACCUGGCCGUCUGCAGCUUGUGUGCCAUGUCUCAGGAUUCUACCCAAAGCCUGUGUGGGUGAUGUGGAUGCAGGAUGAGCAGGAGCAGCGGGACACUCAGCUAGGGGACAUCCUGCCCAAUGCUAACUGGACAUGGUAUCUCCGAGCAACCCUGGAUGUGGCAGCUGGGGAGGCAGCUGGCCUAUCCUGUCGAGUGAAGCACAGCAGUUUAGAGGGCCAGGACAUCGUCCUCUACUGGAGAAACCCCACCUCCACUGGCUCGAUUGUUUUGGCAAUAAUGGUGCCUUCCUUGCUCCUUUUGCUAUGCCUUGCAUUAUGGUAUAUGAGGCGCCGGUGAGUUGUCAUAUCAGAAUAUCCCAUGAGCCCUCAUCAUGUCUGCUCCUCCAUUCGCAAUAAGUACCAAGAAGCCCAAGUUAUCCACCCAAAAGUCAAUCUUACCAUAUUUCAAAUGAUUAUCAAAUUUGAUGAAAUCAGAGUUUUCAUGUAUUUUAAAAUAAAUUAAAUUUAAACAUCAGCAAAAAAGUAUUAAAACUGUAAAUUUAUUAUGAGACUGUAUAUGAUUCACCCAGAUUUUACACACGUUAAAAUGUUAGAAAGAAUGUGUCUCAGAAUAAAUGCAAUAUAAUACAUACGACUUAAUGGUG